AUGAUGAAUAUUGGUGAUAAUGUGCAAAUCGCGGGUUGUUCUACGAAAAGACGUCUUCUGGAAACGUCCAGUGGCUGUCAGUCGUUUGAUACUCUUAUCGGCGGCGCUCUCAUCAAUUCGAGUAUUGUUCUCAUCGGUACGUCCGUCUUUUUCGCGUCUUCUUACGAUUCAGUAUCUUCAGAUGAAUACCGGACACGCUGUUAUGCUUCUUAUCUGACUCGCUCAUUCCUUGCGGAUGGCAUCCAUCACGGACAUCGCUGCUUCAUUGCCGAUCCUGCGAACGACCCGGAAGAAACCAUUCUGAAGAAGAUUCCAGUGAGAAAACAUGAAGGGUACGUGACAUCAGCCUGACGAAAAGUUCGAACCGUUUUAAAUCUUAGAGAAACUGUCGCGGAGCAGAAGAACGAUCCGACGACAGAAAGCGGAAUGAAAAUCGCGUGGAGAUACGAGAAUACGAAGAAAGUUUCUUCGUCGCUAGGACCAGCAAGUGACGAGAAUGCGUACAAUUUCGCAAAGUUCGUGGAAAGUCCGAAUGUAGAGGUGUACAAGGAAGAAAAGAUCUCAUUGAACGGACUGUACAAACGACUCUGUGAUAUUGUGAGGGAGGAAGAAGCGCAUACGAAGACCAGUGGAAGGGGCGGUCCGAAAAAAAAUCUUCUGCGAGUCGUCAUUCAGAAUAUCGAUCUGGAGAUGUGGGAAGACUUCGACUCUCUCGGAAAGUUCCUUUGUUGUCUUCGAUCUCUAGCGCGCGCCAGCUACAUGGUCGUUUAUUUAGUCGCCAACUCGUACAGAGUCGCUAAGCCAACGUGGCGCCUUCUGGAGACGACGGCCGACGCGCACGUGCAACUGAUGCCAUUCAACGACGAGGAAAAGAAGCUGUUCCGGCAUCUGGGCAGUGCGCAUGGCUACUUCCAUCUGAAGAGUCUUCCACGUCUCAUGUCCGUCGGAACUCACACUCCACCUAUUCUCGACCUAAUUUUCGAAGGAAGCUCCCGAAAAGGGCUCCAAAUUCGCGUGAUGCACCUGCCGCCUGCUUUCAAUGAACCAGUUCCUGGACAGCAGAAUACUCCCACUUGCCAAAACAUUGAUUUCUGA